AGAAUGACACAUUGACAAAUCAAGUCUAGUGUCAAAAUUUCAAGUGCUCAACUCAUCUCAAUCCAUCCAUCAUGCCCUGCACAGGCCUCAACUGCCCUAAACCAACCAGCUUGGAAACCAACAAUGAAUAUUCAUAUGAAAAAUUGACGCAAACUGCCGAGUACCUCAAAAGUCUCAUUUCUUUCACUCCUCAGAUUGGAAUCAUCUGUGGAUCGGGUCUAGGAUCUCUUGCAGACUCGAUCCAGCAGAAAAUAGAAGUCCCGUACCCGCAAAUCCCCAAUUUCCCGCAAUCCACCGUGAAGGGCCACAGCGGCUGCCUGGUGUUCGGCUACAUCGCGACCGUGCCCUUGGUCUGCAUGAAGGGCCGGUUCCACUACUACGAGGGCUACCCUUUGGAAAAGUGCGCUAUGCCCGUGCGAGUGAUGAAACUGUUGGGGAUCGAGCUGUUGAUCGUCACCAACGCCGCUGGCGGGCUGAACCCGAACUAUAAGGUGGGCGACGUGAUGCUCAUCAAAGACCACGUGAACCUGAUGGGCUUCGCAGGCUGCAACCCGCUCCGGGGCCCAAACGAAGAGCGGUUCGGUCCGCGCUUUCCGAGCAUGAACGGUGCCUACGACCCGCGGCUCAGGGCAGAGGCUCAGAAAAUCGCUCAGGGAGCGGGCUUGGCCAAGGGGGUGCACGAGGGGGUGUACGCGUGUUUGGGGGGGCCUUGCUACGAGACAAUCGCCGAGAACCGCCUGCUGAGACAGUUGGGGGUUGAUACUGUCGGAAUGUCGACAGUUCACGAGGUGAUUGUGGCGAAACACUGCGGUUUGCCCGUAUUCGCCUUCAGUUUGGUCACCAACGAGUCCGUGUGCGACUACGAAAGCAAGGUGGAACCCAAGCAUGACGAAGUCAUCGACGCUGCAAAAUCCAUGGAGGCAGUCCUUCAGAAGUUUGUGCAAGGCAUCAUCGAAUUUGUCGCCAAGAACGGCGUCAAAUGAUCAUUUCAAUUUGGCGCCUGGAGCAGGGAUAUCAAGGAUUGAAGUAUGAAGAAAGAAAUGCUCUGUAGACGUGGCAGUGAGAUGGUUGUAGAUAAUUACUCAACCCAAAUUCGUCGCCAAGAACGGUGUCAAAUGAUCAUCUCAAUUUGGCGCCUGGAGCAAGGAUAUUGGAGGUUUGAAGUGUAAAGAAAGAAAUUAUCUAUGAACGUGGCA